CUCGUUUAUAACCCUACUUACUCACAGAAGUCUUCAUCUUGUUACCGUCUUUCGAUCAAACUAGUCUGAAGAGAAAAGGAGCUUUUCUCUGAUAAAAUGGCCGACGAUGACUAUGAUAUGGACGCUGGAGGUUACGACGAUGAGCCAGCCGAACCCGAACUCGAUGAAGGGGCUGAGGAAGAGAUUGAUGGAGAUAAAGUGGAAGAAGACGUUCCUGAUCCACUUUUAGGUGACAACGAAGAUAAGGAAGAACAGGAAGCUGUAGAAAAACCUCGGAAGACGAUAAAGUAUAUGACGAAAUAUGAAAGGGCUAGAAUCUUGGGUACCCGUGCACUUCAAAUUAGCAUGAAUGCUCCAGUGAUGGUUGAGCUUGAGGGUGAAACUGACCCCCUUGAGAUUGCAAUGAAGGAGCUUAGACAGAGGAAGAUACCCUUCACCAUUCGGCGAUACCUUCCGGAUGGAAGCUAUGAAGACUGGGGAGUUGAUGAACUAAUCGUUGAGGAUUCAUGGAAGAGACAAGUUGGUGGGGACUAGUUGAAAUAAAUCAUCUGAAUGUCAUGUUUAUGAUGGAUUAUGUUGAUACAAAUGAUUUGAAUUGUUAUCAUCUCAUGAUGCAUAUUUAUGUUCAACUUUGGAAUUAUUAUGAUUUGAAAUUUGUGAAAGGUGGUUUUGUUAUCAAGUUGUUUUUUAU